AAAACAUACCAUAGUAGAAAUUUGCAGGAUAGUAUGUGUUUUCCUUCAUUUUAGUUUCUAUCUUCCAUCUUACAGUUCUAGCUCAGAGUAUCUCUCAUGGCUGGAGGACAGAGACCAAAGGGACUCAACAGGCCAUGUGUUCUUCUCAUAGUCAUAGCUGGUAUGGAGAGGUUUGCAUUCAAAGGGGUGGUGUCCAAUCUGGUCACUUAUCUCACAGAUGUUUUGAAGAUGAGCAACUCAACGGCGGCCAAGACGGUUAGCAGUUGGUGUGGGUUUACGUCCAUGCUGCCACUCCUAAUGGCACCCCUCGCAGACUCUUAUUGGGGCCGGCACUCCACCAUCAUUGCUUCUUCUCUCCUAUACGCCUUGGGGCUUCUAGCAUUGACAUCAACAGCACUGGAAUGGCAUUGGAUUCCUACAAAGAGAGCCAGCUCCUCUUCAUCACUCUUUUUGUCUCUCUACAUGAUUUCACUAGGUCAAGGUGCAUAUAACCCUUCCUUACAAGCCUUUGGAGCAGAUCAACUUGAAAAUGAAGAGGAACUGCCUUGCUGCAAGAGUUACCAGAAUUCUGACAAGAAGUCUUUGUUCUUCCACUGGUGGUAUUUUGGUAUAUGUAGUGGCUGCCUUCUAGGGAUCUCGUUCACGUCAUAUAUCCAAGACACAAUAGGAUGGGGAUUGGGAUUUGCCAUUCCUACAAUAGCAAUGUCUGCAUCAAUUGUAAUUUUUUCUUGUGGGAGAAGAUUUUAUACGUAUAAACAAGAAAAGAGUUUUGAUAUUAAGUCACUUGAAAACAUAGUUCGAGCCAUUAAAGCAACUGCAUCGAGAAUUAUAAAUGGUGGAAUCAAGAUAUCAACUAGGAAAUCUGAAGUGGUGGAGCUGGAGCUUGAAGAAAGUGGCCUUUGUCAUCAAGACAUUGAUGGAAUUGAGGGCUUGGAUAAGAACUCGGAUGAUGGAAUUGAAAUUGCGAAAGUAGUGCUUCGUCUGCUGCCAAUAUGGACAAUGCUUCUAAUGUUUGCUGUCAUAUUCCAACAGCCUGCUACAUUCUUCACUAAACAAGGUAUGACAAUGAAGAGGAACAUAGGUAGCAACUUCAAGAUCCCACCAGCAACACUACAGAGUGCAAUCACCGUGUCUGUAAUUCUCUCAAUGCCUUUAUAUAGAAUGCUCUUCAUCCCACUCACUCGUCUAAUCACACGUAGUGAGAAAGGUAUCAGUGUGAUGCAGAGGAUGGGUAUUGGAAUGUUUCUGUCAGUUGUUGCGAUGUCUAUAGCAGCCAUCGUUGAAACAGAGAGGCUUGCAAUUAGUAGAAAGAUGGGGAUUUCAGGAUCAAAUUCAGAAACAGUACCAUUAAGCAUCUUCUGGUUGUUACCUCAAUACAUUCUCUUGGGCAUUUCUGAUGUUUUCACAGUUGUGGGGAUGCAAGAGUUCUUUUAUACAGAAGUUCCUGUAAAGAUGAGGACAAUGGGAAUAGCUCUAUACACUAGUGUUUUUGGGUUAGGAAGCUUUUUAAGUGCAUUUCUUAUCUCUGUCAUCGAAUUUACGACGAGUUCAAGAGGAGGAGGAAGACAGAGCUGGUUCUCUGAUGAUAUGACAGAAGCCAGCUUAGAUAAGUAUUACUGGCUUCUAGCCUUGUUAAGUGCAUUAAGCUUGGUAAUGUUCAUAAUUUUGUGCAGAUUCCACAAGAGUAAGACAUGAUAUGAUGGCUAAUUUCUGUGAAAGAAAGCGUAUAUAAGCUUCAGUAUUAUUGUUGAUGAAAAGUGGGUUGGAUGGUUACCUAUAAACUGUUGAUGGCUUUUUCCAUGGUUUGCAGGAUUAGAAAACUAAUCAAAGGGCCACCAGUUUGCCCGUAGAGGUAUUCCGAUGCUAAAGUUAGUAAGGGUAAAGUAUGUAAGUGAUGUAAAUAUAUAUAUGCAGUGGUAGUCUCGCAAGUUUAUAAUAAGAGAGAUUAUAUGUGUUUGGAGGUAAGCC